AUGGGAAAUACGGAGAGCAAUGUGACCAGUGGCGUCAAGAAACAGGCGGGCGUCUCCACCCAGGCCCUCUAUAAGUUUGUCAAUCUCAAGGGCGGUGGCCUGCUGGUGGACAUGAUGAAGCGCGCCUGUCAAACCAAACAGUUUGCCGAAAUCGAUCAUGCCAUCAAAACGAAAGUGGAACCCUUUUUAUAUAACAAGGGCGCUGGCCGUUAUUUUCCCAUAUCGAAGCUGGUGCUGCUGCGGAAUCGGGACAGACCGAGAACCAGGCAAUUGCCUGAGAUACGCGCUCUCGAAAAUCCCGACGAUGACUUCAAUAUACAUGACUAUUGCCCCGAAGUGUCCGAGGCAGAAUACAUAUCGAAUCCAAGUGCCUAUCGAUUUGUGUGCUGGGACCUGAACAUGCGCGGCGCAGUGGGUGAAACGAUUCUACAUCUUUGCCUGCUCAAUGCGUCCUCACUGCAUGCGGAUCUAGCCAAGCGUCUUUUGAAGUUCUAUCCAAAGCUCAUCUUGGACAUCUAUAUGAGUGAUGAGUACUAUGGCGAGAGUGUCCUUCACAUUGCCAUUGUCAACGAGGAUCCGGCUAUGGUCAAAUAUUUGCUGGAUGCCAAUGCCGAUGUGCAGGAACGUUGUUGCGGCGCUUUUAUGUCUGCGGAGGAUACAAAGGCAUCCCGAACGGAUUCGCCGGAUCACGAGUACGUGGCUCUCGCGCCGAUGACCAACUAUGAUGGCUAUGUCUAUUGGGGCGAGUAUCCUUUAAGUUUCGCCGCCUGUCUGUCACAGGAAGAAUGCUUUCGCUUGGUGCUGGCACGCGGGGCAGAUCCGAAUUUUCAGGAUACUAAUGGGAAUACGGUGCUGCAUAUGCUCGUUAUUUACGAGAAAAUGGAAAUGUUUGAUGUGGGCUAUGAGGUUGGCACCAAUAUACACAUUCGCAACGUACAAAAUCUGACGGCAUUGACGCUGGCAGCCAAGCUGGGACGUGUCGAGAUGUUCUUCCAUGUGAUGAGCAUUGAGCGUGAGAUUUAUUGGCAACUGGGCAGCAUCACCUGUGCCGCAUAUCCUCUGCUGAUGAUUGACACCAUUAACGAGGAGACUGGCAACAUUAACAAGGAUUCCGUUUUGAAUUUCGUGGUGUUUGGUGACAAACUGGAGCACUUGGAGCUGCUCGAUGGCGUUGUCAUUGAUCUGCUGAAAACCAAAUGGGAUACUUUCUGCAAGUCGCGUUUCUACAAGCAGUUUUAUAUGUUUGCUUUCUACUUUCUUAUAUCGCUGUUCAGCUUUAUAUUGCGUCCGGGUCCCGAGACCAAGGAGGACGAAGACGACGAACAGGACGGAAACUCUUUGACUCCUUCGAAUGGCACUGCUCAGCAUGAUCUGUACACCAAUGGUAGUUUGGGUCAGCCCAGCAAACGUGGCACUUCCAGCACCGAAUAUAAAACCUUUUGGCUUAACUUCACGGAGUAUUAUGAUCCCAACGAGGUGGAGACCUUGCCUGCCUGGUGGCAAACCUAUGCACAAUGUCCGCUCAUGAAUCUCGAAUCCGAUCUGGCCAAAUUGCGCAUUAUAGCCGAGCUGAUUAACUUUGUGGGUGCCAUUCUCUAUCUGCUCGUUGCUUUGAGAGAGGCACGCUUCUUGGGCUACAAAAUGUUCAUCGAGAAUUUGAUGACUGCUCCAUCGCGUGUUAUGUUUUUGUUCUCCUGUGCACUCAUGAUGACCAUACCCUGGCUGAGAGUCUCUUGUCUAACUGAAAUCGAUGAUCAUGUGACUGUUAUGAUUAUGUUGACCACAGCACCCUAUUUCCUCUUCUUUUGUCGAGGCUUCAAGACAGUUGGUCCCUUCGUUGUGAUGAUCUAUCGCAUGGUAAUGGGAGAUUUAAUUCGUUUCGUUUCCAUUUAUUUGGUGUUCGUCAUGGGCUUCUCGCAAGCAUUUUAUAUCAUAUUUCUAACCUUUGACAAUCCCUCGACGCCCGAGGAUCAGGAUGCUGAAUCGAAUCCGAUGCCCUCGCCAAUGGAAUCCAUUGUGGCAAUGUUUCUAAUGUCGUUGACGAACUUUGGUGACUAUUACGGGGCCAUGGUGUCCACGCAGCACGAAUACGAGGCGAAGAUAUUGUUCUUCUUGUUUAUGGUGAUUGUCAGUGUGCUGCUGGUGAACAUGUUGAUUGCUAUGAUGGGCAACACCUAUCAGAAGAUAGCCGAGAUCCGUAACGAGUGGCAGCGCCAAUGGGCACGCAUCGUCCUGGUCGUGGAGCGUAGUGUGCCGCCUGCGGAGCGUCUCAAGAAUUUUAUGCACUAUAGCCAGUCCAUGUCGGAUGGCAGACGUGCCUUGGUCUUGCGUCUGAACAUGACCGACGAGGAGAAGGAGGAGAUGAAGGAGGUGCAGGAGAUGAAACGCAUUCAUCAGCGUUUCUCCAACAAGCGGCAAAUGGAGCGAGAGGCGCGUGCCCUGCGUCGUCAGCAGGAGUACGAGAAAUUCUUUGGCACCGCACCAAAGUCGGACAGUACAGAGGAUAAUAUAAUGUAAGUCAGUUACGAGUGAAUUCCGAACAACUCCAUACAUAUA